GGCGGCCGGCGGGAGUCCCCUUGGUGGAGGCCGGUCCUCCCGGUCCUAAGGGCUCAUAAAGUGGGGCGGUGCCUGGCAGGGCCGAAGGUCACCCAGUUGGAGCCUCUGCGCCAGCACCACGGUGCUCAGAGGGUCCUGGACGCCAGGCAGGCUUGGACCCGCCCCUGGGCUGUCUGCUGCCGAGAUGGGGACCUGGCCCCCGCUGCUCCUGCUGCUCGUGGCCACAGCCCAGGCCCAGGUCUGCUCUGUGAGCCAGACCUUCUUCGAGAUCGAGGAGAACAUGCCUCCCAGCGCGCCCCUGCUGGACAUCUAUGUCCCCGAGGACCAGCAGGUGACCCUCGGACCCUCGUCCACUCUCUUUGCGUUUCGCAUCCAGGGGACUCAGCUCUUUCUCAACAUAACUCCGGACUACGAGGAGAACUCGAUGCUGCAGGCACACCUGGAGUGCAAGAGAGGGGACGCUGUGGUGACCCAGCUGAGGGUGUUUGUGUCCGUGCUGGACGUCAACGACAACCCGCCCGUGUUUCCCUACAAGACCAAGCACUGGGGGGUGCCCGAGGACACCAAAGUGAAAGCCACCGUCAUCCCUGAGACGGAGCUGGAGGCCCAGGACCGGGACAGAGAUGACAUCUUGUUCUAUACCCUCCAGGAAGUGACACCGGGUGCCAGUGACUUCUUCUCCUUGGUGGGCGUAAACCGCCCAGCCCUGCAGCUGGACCGGUCACUGGACUUCGAUGCGUUGCCAAGGAUGACCUUCCAGCUGCUGGUCCGGGACACACAGGAGGAGAACAAGCAGCCCAGCCACUCGGCCACAGCCACCUUGAUCCUGGAGGUGCAGCCUGCAGACUUGCGGCCCCCCUGGUUCCUGCCUUGCGUCUACUCAGAUGGUCACGUCUGCAUCCAAGCCCAGUACCACGGGGCUGUGCCCACAGGCCACAGACUGCCAGGCCCCCUCACCCUGCGACCGGGGCCCAUCUACGCCGUGGACGGAGACCGGGGCAUCGACGAGCGUAUCACCUACAGCAUGGUCACGGGACACGAGGACGGCACGUUCUCCAUCGGCGCCGACUCGGGCAACCUCACCAUGGCCAAGAGCAUCCCCAGCCCCCAGACCUUCGUUCUGACGGUCAAGGGGGAGCAGGCGGACGGCGCCCGCUACUCGGUGACCCAGGUCACGGUGGAGGCCGUGGACGCCAACGGGAGCCUGCCCCGCUUCCCGGAGAGCCUGUACCGCGGCACCGUGGCGCUGGGCUCCGGGCCGGGCGUGGCAGUCCAGGAUGCAGCCGCCCCGCCCCAGCCUCUGAGGAUCCGGGCCCAGGACCCUGAGUUCCCCGACCUCAACUCGGCCAUCACGUAUCGAAUCACCAACAACUCCAACUUCCGAAUGGACGGGGAGGCCGUGCUGACCAACGCCCUGCUGACGCAGGCUGGGGUCUUCUACGCAGAGGUGGAGGCCACGAACACGGUGACCUCAGGCACAGCGACGACGGUCCUGGAGGUUCAAGUCUCGGAACAGGAGCCCAGCCCCACAGGCACAACUCUGAGGCCACCUACCUCCUCCAUGCCUGGGGGGCCCCCCGGUAUGGGAACCAGCCCCUCCCCCCCAUCAGCCUCACCCGGCGGGAGCUCAGCACAGACCUCAAAGCCAGGAACCUCUCUGCCGACAUCCCCUGGGUCCAGCAGGAACCCCUGGCCCUCAGGGACGCCGGUGAACGAAGAAAGCAGCAUUGCAGUGAAGCCAAACUCAAACGGGGACGGGCGCUUCUCGACUGCGGAGAUGGCGGUGCUGGGCGGGGUGCUGGGCGCGCUGCUCCUUCUGGCUCUGAUCGCCCUCGCGGUCCUUGUCCACAAGCACUAUGGCCACCGACUCAAGUGCUGCUCCGGCAAAGCUCUGGAGCCCCAGCCCCAAGGCUUUGACAACAAGGCUUUCCUCACCAAAGACGAGGCCAACUGGGCGCCCGCCCCUAGUCCCCCACCCAGCCCUGCCCCGCCAGCACCCCCAAAGCCCGCACCCCCAGAUGCUGAGCCCCAAGAGCCUUCGCCCCACAGCCCCGCGCCCUCUCACCGUGUCCCUGAGUCCCCUGCGGUAGCCCCGGAUGGGGGCAGCCCGGCAGCCGUGAGGUCCAUCCUGACCAAGGAGCGGCGGCCUGAGGGCGGCUACAAGGCUGUGUGGUUCGGGGAGGACAUUGGGGCCGAGGCCGACGUGGUGGUCCUCAACACACCAGGCUCGGAAGUGGACGGCGCCGGCGACUCGGGCAGCGAGGGCAGUGGCGACAAGGGUGCAGACGCGGGCCCGGGCGGCCGUGGCCAGGACGCCCCGGGCACUGACUCCAUCUACUUCUAGCGCUGCUUCCCCGCGGCCCCAGCGAGUCCGGAUGCCGACAAUCGGCUCGGCCCCUCUCCCCAACUCCAUUGCACAGAAUAAAGUGACAUUGUGGGA